AUUUCAGUCCUAUAAAUCGGGGCAGAAUGCUUUUCAAACCUGUUUUUUUAAUUAACUUUAAAGUAGAUAACGAUUUAUAGAUGUCUUGAUAAAGCUUAGACCCUUGACCUUUUACCUUUGACUGUGUUUGUUCAGAGCAGUAAUGGACGGAAGACAUGACCCUCCAUUAUGUUGCAGCAGCGCAGGCCGUUCGAGUGUAAAUAAACAACUUCGAUACCCAAACGACAGUGGUCGAGGACGGUGAGCUUAAUGACUAUUCGGGUAUAAUGGAAGCAGCAGCGUUUAGGACUGCAGCGCUUUGGCUUUAGUGCCUGACCGGCACCAUGCAGCAGAAAGGUGCCAUCCAGAUUAUCGAAUGGGAGGACCUGGACAAGAGGAAAUUCUACUCCUUAGGUGUGUUUAUGACGUUGACCACCCGGGCCACGGUCUACCCAGCCAGCCUAAUCCGGACCCGGCUGCAGGUGCAGAAAGGGAAGGCCGUGUACUCGGGCACCUUUGACGCCUUCUGCAAGAUCCUGCGAACGGAGGGCGUGAGGGGCCUCUACCGAGGCUUCAUGAUCAACACCUUCACUCUGGUGUCAGGACAGGCGUACAUCACCACCUACGAACUGGUGCGCAAGUACGUGUCCCACUACUCUCCCAGCAACACGGUCAAGUCCGUGGUGGCGGGAGGGGCAGCGUCGCUGGUGGCUCAGACCAUCACCGUGCCCAUUGACGUGGUGUCCCAGCACCUGAUGAUGCAAGGACAGGGGGAACAUCACUCCCGCUUCAAGGUGAAGCCAAAAAUGAUGCUCGCCACAUCUAAACGCAAUCCUACUUUUGGACAAUCGCGGGAAAUAACGGUGCAGAUAUUUGCAGCCGAUGGUUUCAGGGGAUUUUAUAGGGGUUAUGUGGCAUCCCUGCUCACGUACAUCCCCAACAGUGCCCUCUGGUGGCCUUUUUACCACUUUUAUGCAGAAAAAUUAUCUUUAAUGGCACCAAGUGGAUGUCCCCACCUGAUUCUGCAGGCUGUGGCAGGACCAAUGGCAGCGGCAACUGCCUCCACCAUCACAAACCCUAUGGAUGUUGUUCGUGCAAGAGUUCAGGUGGAGGGCCGGACAUCCGUCAUAGAGACGUUCAAGCAGCUGCUGGUGGAGGAGGGCAUCUGGGUGAUGACCAAAGGGCUGUCGGCUCGCGUCAUUUCCUCCAUGCCCACGUCGGUGCUCAUCGUGGUUGGAUACGAGACCCUGAAGAGGCUGAGUCUGCGCGCAGAGCUGAUUGAGACCAGACACUGGUGAAAGACAACAAGGCGUAGGCAGGGUGGGGGACCAGGACUGUCUGUCAUCCUUCUCCAGCUGCACAGAGGCAGUGACCCAGAUCUGUCUGAUGCGCUUUAGAUCGGUGCGGCUUUAAACGCAGGAAUAAGGGGAAUUCAACAUUAGACGCAGCCGUUAGCAACUGGAAGGUUGAUGAAACAACCAUAUUGUUCUCGCUGUCCUGUGAUUUGCUGUAUUAUUUGUGAAUGAUGCACAUUGAAAUGCGUAACAGGUACUUGUUCCUCGUUCGUGUUGCUGUAGAUAAAAUGAAGCUAGGUGAUGGACGAAAAGAACAGAUUGGAAAAAUUCAAGUUUUAAUCUAGAAUAUGGGUUUUCAGAGUCUGGUAGCUAGCUUAUCAAAGAGCAAAUGGACAUCUGUGCUCUUCCAUCUACUUUAUUGUAGAUUUUAUUUUUGUAAAAGUUUUACUUGAUGUUCCAUUCAUAUAAGUUUCUCUGGUCUUGUGGGGUUUACCCACAUUAGCUAUGAUGCUUUGGUUACCUUGUCAUUUACAGUCCUAUAAGUAUGAGCUACCUUUUUUAUUAUAACCAUAGUUCAUUCAGCCUUGGUCAUCUAACUUUGGCGUUGGGCCUUACAUGACGUCAAAGUCGACAAGGUCUAAUAGCGAGGUUAGCUAGCAACUCUGGACAGACAAUACUAUGGCAGUGGAGCAUCCUCAAGUCCAUUCAGACAAAUCUAGAUUUUAAAUAAUCAUGGUCACACUUCCUUCCUCAUUUUAUUUUCCUUGGCCCAGACUAUCUCGUCCCUCACCAUAUCUUUAUGUACUUAAGAAAAAAAAUCGAUCUGGCAUAGGUUUGGUGAAGUUAAAUAUUUUGAAUUACUUUGUUUUUUUAACCCUCAUUUUGCCACCCCUUGAAGAACUCUAGCGCUCCCUAGAGGAUAUUUGAAAAUAUCAACACUUUGAAAAGUCCUGAUCUAGAGAGGUUGCGUUAGAUCAACUGAAACUGUAAUAGCUUUGGUGGUGUAAAAACCAAUCUUGCCUUUAUCCUGUUGUACUCUACUGUACAAAUAACAUUUUAAUGUCUGCAGAUCUUUCCCUAACUGAGUUGUAAAGGGGGGUUUGGUUCUCUGGUCCGCAAGUGUUUUGUGGACUUUAAGGUAUUUUCUGAGGGCUGUCCAGUCCAUGGACAGAAAGGUAUCCGGUUUGAGAACCUGUGGUCUCAUCUUUGCUUUUGGAAAUGGUGUGGUUCUGGGGGCAUCCUCAACUCCUGUAAGUCAAAAGCCAUGGUAACCACCUGAGAGAACGGUGGAGUCCUCAUCUCAGAUCGACGGUCAGUAUCUGUCUAUCAAGGGGCCUUGUCUGCAGAAUACUUGGUACUACUCUUUUUAUAAAAAAAAUAAUCUAUUACAUGAUUAAUAUGUGUAAUUCUGAAGAUUAAUACCCUUUAGGCACCUUGAUUAUAUUGUGUGUCACUGCCUUUAAUGUGUUCACUUCAAUGAAGAGUAAACCACAUUAUUUUGAGCUCGAUUGUAUCACUUCAGUGGUAACCAGGGUCCUCAAAUUGAUUCCAAACAUUUAUAUUUGAACUCUUAAAAAAGUGUGGAAGUGAACACUAUUUAAAUUUUUUUUGUAUGUAAAAUAUCUCCUGGUGAGAAAUUUGAUUUUAAAAAGACUGCAACUCAAACCGUGCUGCCACGGUUCCAUAAAACAAAGAUGGCAGCAACACACCAGCACACACACCCUGAUUUACUAACCUGCCUUCAAAAUUGACAUUACAGUGUGUUCAGAUUUACUGCCAUCCCACAGCGGACAUUUUGUGUUUUGUUCAUUUUUUGUUUGUUUUUUUUAAAGUAAUGUUUGUGAACACUUCUGCCAGGUCAAGUACAGUGUUUCUGUGAAUAAGAGUCUCUUAGUAUUUCUGUGACACAUUAAAUGAAUGUGUAAAAACUUGUGUUACAUCAACAUGUCCAGAGUUGAAUAAAAAUUGUAUAAAUUUUGUA